GUAAAGUCUCUGAGCGCUCUUCCUUUCGCUAACCCUCUCUUCCUUGCUGCCCGCGCCCUGGGAGGCGGCCGCCAGCGUCAGCCGGAGGCACGCGCCGUUGUGCUCAGGCAUCAGCAUGGCUUCUCUUUGGAGCUCGCUCGAAAAAGAUGUGUUCAACCCGCAGAAAAAGAGGCUGCUGGAAAGCAUUCGUGUCUGGAAGACAGGGAAGAAGAAGAAGAUGUCCAUCCUCUGCAUUGUGGUGGACACCUUUAGGCCAAUGCAGCCGUUUCUGGUGAAGGUCAAGGUCGACCGAGGAGAGCAGUACAAGGUAGCCUACAGGUGGCCUUUAGCAGAGCUGAAGCUGGUGGAUGGCAAGACCCUCAAUCAGGCCAGCCUGGAUUUCGAUCUGCAGUUCGAGAAGGUUUACAAGUGGACCGCUAGCAGCUUGGACGAGAAGAAAACCUUUAUCAGAUGCUUGUGGAAGCUGAACCACCGAUUCCUCGGCAGCUCUGUCACGUUUGUGAACGUCCCCUCCUGUGCGGCGGAAGGGAGACAGAGGCCCCAGGAAGACAGGGAGGACCCUGCAGAGACCGAGAGCCAGGAGGAGCUCAGUGCGUACCAGGAGAUGACAGCAAAGGAAGCUGCCGAUGUGUUGAAGCUGAUGGAGGAGUACGAGCCCCUUGUGAACAACUCCAUGGCCUUUGCAGAGCAGCUCAGCAGCGACCUCCACGUGCUGGAUGAGGCCAACCUUAGAGCCAUUAUCUCUUCUGAGAAGCAGGUGACACAGCUGAUCAGCUCCAUCGACGAGGCCCUGGCAGAGGUGGCCAGAGUGGAGGAGACCUUGCACAUCUACGAUGAGCUACUGGGAAGCGUGAAGCAGCAGAUGGACCACAUCCACCGGGAAAACUCCUUGCUAGAUCGCAUUGUUUCCAACGAGACAAGGCUGAUGGAUGAGAUCCUCUUCCUCACGACCCACCUCACCCUCAGCAGGGAACACUGCGAUGCCCUGAGCCGAGCAGACCUUUCCAGCCCCAGCCGAGUGAAAGCCUGCAUUGCUGCAGCAGAGGCUCUCUCUGGCUGCAUGAAUGUCCAGAUACAGCCCGGUUACCGGAAGCUGCAGGCUGUGGCUGAGCAGCUGAUCGUGUUUGAAACGCUCAAGCAGAACUUUGAAAACUCUUUCAUCACUCACGUUACGAGCAUCUUCGAGCGGCAGGGUAAUGCUCAGGUCCCUGCUCUUGGCCAGCCCACUGAGAAGCUGUCUGCACCAAGCCAUGGAGACCACCACGAGGAGCUGCUGCCCUACACCCCGCUCAUGGCCUGGCUGAGGAACGCCAACCCAAUUCUAUUCUGCGAUCUCCCCAAGGUCUAUGCCCAGAACCUCAGCAGACUCUAUGACCGGGAGAUCAAAGCCUUUUUUGAGCAAGCCAAAACAUUCUUGGUAGGAAGAAGAAAAGCAAGUCUUCAGGAAAGCUUAGAGAGGCCGAUGGUGAUGGGGAGCAGGCAGCAGCCUCGAUGGAGCCUUCCUGGGAGCAGAGAAGGCCAGGAGGACAUGCUGGACCAGGGCAAUGCCAUCAAGAUGUUGGAGCAGGUGCUGAGAGAGCUGCAACCCCUUUGCACCGUGGAGCAGCAGUUCCUUGAGAAAUUCUUCCAGCUAAGCCAGGACGCUGCAGACCUGCAGGUGCUGGAGGCAUCCACCACUAAGGGAGGAGAGACCAUGGCAUCUCCAGAGGACCCUCCUUGCACCAAGCCUCGGAGCCAACUAGAAGAACCUACCACCCGCCUGCUGAGCGAGAUCUUCAGUUGCCUGGAACCAGAGCUGAGAGGAUUUCUAGAUGUCUGCAAUAAGGUCCACCCAUUCGGCUGCUUGCAGGUCCUGGUUACCUUGAACGACUCCAUCUUUGAGAUGUGGGGCUCCUCCUCAGCUCUCCCCUCGUCCUUCCUCAACACCGUCCUGGGCAACGUGCUGCUCCUGGCCAAGAGCAGCUUCAACAAAUGCAUCGGGACCUUGUGCAAAGAGAUUGAGGAGGCAAAGAUGCCCAGCAAGAUGAAAGGCAGGAUCCUGCCCUCCAUCAGCCGCUUUGAGGAGUUUGUGAACUUCUCAGAGGAGAUGUUCAGGACAGCUCGGCGGAGAGGGGAGCUGGACAAAGCACAUCUCAGGCUGGCCAGCAGCGUCUUCAGCAGCAUCAAUAGUCUGCCCUCUGCAAACCUGAAGGUGAACACGGAUAUGGUCAUGAUGGAAAACUUCCACCACAUUCACUGCUUCCUGUGCCAGAAGAAGAUCCACUGCCUAGAGGACAAGAAGAGAGAAGCCAAGCAAAGGUAUAGCAAGCACAUGGAGAAAUAUGUCGUCACAUACCUGGGCCAGCCGCUGGAGAAGCUCAAUCACUUCUUUGAAGGGGUGAAAGCCCGGGUGGCUCAAGGGGUGAAAGAAGAAGAGGUCAGCUUCCAGCUGGCCUACAGCAAGCAAGAACUGAGGAGGGUCAUUGACAAAUACCCCGGCAAGGAAGUAAAAAGAGCUCUUGAGACCCUCUACAAGAAAAUCCACAAGUAUCUCUCCCCAGAGGAGAAUCUUUUGCCGGUGGUGUGGCAUGCUAUGGAGCAGGAGUUCAUACGUCAGUACCGAGAAUUUGAGGAUCUGAUCCAACGCUGUUACGCAGGGUCAGGGAUUGCCAUGGACUUCACCAUGGAGGACUUGCUGAGCUACUUCAACUCCAUCACUCUGUCCAACAUGUAGGGGCAACCCUCUCCGGAUGGGAGCAGCUUGGGAACCCUUCUCUGCAGCU